AUGGAUCCCGCUGUGCUUCGCGCCGUAUCUGGUAGUGGCGAGCGUCUGCUGCAUUGCAGAUUUGCUCUCGAGUGCUUUGUGGACCCCGAGUCGGUGUGGGCCAACCUCCGGUUCCUCGUGUUGGCCUGGGCCCCGGCUGUGGCCAUUGUGCUCACCAACAUCUGCAUGCUGAUCACCCACAUCCAGCAGAACUCUGGCAUGGCGUCCAACAAGAGUACAGUCAAAGUCCGCCACCAGCUGACGCUACUGGUCUUCCUGGCAUGCGCACACUUCAUCCUCACCGUGUUUCCGGUCAGCUUCCACUACUUCAUCCUCAACAGAAGUCUCCAGACAGAUACACCACCGGCACAAACAGAGGGACACUAUGGCUACUACAUCAUGAUCCUGUUGUUCCACACCAACCACGCCACCAAUUUUCUCGUCUACUGCUACUUCGGCAAAAGAUUCCGACACGAGUUCAUCACCCUGAUCAAGACGGGCGUGAAGCAGAUCCUCAGGAAAGCAGACGAUACCAGUCUCUCAUCGACCUCCUCUCCGAUGGAGAAUGUACCAGUGGAGGUGAAGGAGAUGCUCAACUUCUACAACGAGCGAGUCACACAGGAACACAAGGCGCACGCCAAGGAAUACAUUGCAACACUCUACCACGAGAUGGUGAAGAUGAACGCGGAGAGGGGGGCUAGCCUCGUCACCACCGACUCCACACCGCCCAUCAAGUCCCAGAACGGAGAAAAACUCCAGCCCCCGCGCGGGUCGAAGAACGGCCAGGGCAACGUCCUGACCUUGGUAGUGUUGAGUAAGAACGUCAUCAAGGACGUUGUGUUGAGUCAGUACCUGAGCUUCAUGUGUGUCCACAACAUCCUGUCUCUCCUGGUCUGCACGUGCAGGCACCUGAUCAAGGCCAACACGGGAUCAGACUUGGUCUUUCAGAACUUUUACUUCUGUUGGUGA